AAAUUAAUCAUACAAUGUAACAAGCAAACAAUAACUAAACUUAUCAUCACUCAACUAUCCCAAAAUAGCAUAAACUUUCAACAUUUCAUGGCUAUUGUAACCAAAUUUUGUUUGUUAUUUUUCCUUAUUUUCUCAUUUGGGAUUGUGUUGGCCUCAUCUCGGCUCCUCAACGAUGAGGCAUCGAUGAUCGAGAAACACGAAAAAUGGAUGAAUUUUCAUGGACGUGUCUACAAAGACGAAGUUGAAAAAUCAAAACGAUUGAAGAUAUUCAAUGAAAAUGUUAAACGUAUUGAAGCAUCAAAUAAAUUGAAUAGAGGGUUUACCCUAGGUGUUAAUGCUUUUGCUGACUUAACUAACGAGGAGUUUAGAGCUUCUCGUACUGGUUAUAAGAGGCAGUCCAAACAUUUUAAUUUGAAGUCAAAAUCAAAAUCUUUUAAAUAUGAAAAUUUAACCAAUAGUGUUUCAUCAACUAUGGAUUGGAGGAAAAAAGGUGCUGUUACUCCUAUCAAAAAUCAAGAGGAUUGUGGUUGUUGUUGGGCAUUUUCAGCAGUAGCAUCUAUGGAAGGCCUAAACCAAAUCAAAACAGGCAAAUUAGUCUCCCUCUCCGAGCAAGAGCUUGUCGACUGCGACACAUCAUUCGACGAGGGCUGUGAAGGCGGUCUACUGGACACCGCCUUCGAGUUCAUCAAGAGCCACGGCGGCCUCACCACCGAGGCCAAGUACCCUUACAUGGGCACUGAUGGCACCUGCAAUGCAAAGCGAGCUGCCAUAAAAUCCGUCUCUAUCCACGGGCACGAGGAUGUUCCGGAAAACAACGAGGAUGCCUUGUUGGCAGCCGUGGCUCAUCAGCCGGUAUCAGUGGGGAUUGAAGGGGGAGGGUUCGACUUCCAGUUCUAUGCCGGUGGGGUGUUUAACGGAGAGUGUGGGACGGAGCUCGAUCACGCGGUGGCGGUGAUAGGGUAUGGAGUGGAGGAGAAAGAUGGGAGUAAGUAUUGGUUGGUGAAAAAUUCAUGGGGAAAAGAAUGGGGUGAGAAAGGUUAUAUGAAGAUUAAGAGAGGUGGUGGUGCUAAACAAGGUCUUUGUGGUAUUGCUAUGAAGCCUUCUUACCCUAUUUAGGAAUUUAAAUGUAUUUAUGUAUUAAUGUGCAUGAUUGAUCAUAUUGUGUUGUAUAAUAUGGAUGUUAUCAAUUGUAAUUUAUAUGGUUUUAAAGUGUUUAUCUAAAACAGUAGGUGAAGUUCUUUGAUUGGCUUGUGAUGUAUGAUGUGUGAUUUGAAAUCGAAGUUGUAACUUUCAAGUCUAUACAUGUUUACCAUGUACGUCGUAUGGUUUGUAAAUUUGAUAUUCCUUCUGUAAAAAAAUAGGUAAAUCUUUUUAA